CUAGAAGGCAAGGGAGGGCCACGUCAGCAAACCCCCCUCCCCCUCAAAGCACGCUGGAGCUACGCAGGAAAUUGCAAGAACCAUUUAUAAGAGGCUUGAACCGAACCGCAUCCACUUCUUCAUCCCUCUCAAUCCUCAACUCCCAUAUUGUUGUCUUGUUGACUCUAUAAAAACCCAAACCCACCCCCCCCUCCAUUUUCACACCGCAUUCUCCAGCGAUCAAAUUAUCCUCCUCUCUCCCCGAUGCUCGCCCUCGCCGUCGCCGCCGCCUCCGCCGCCCCCCCCCAGCCUCCCCCGCGGCGCUCUCUCUCCUCCCGGCUCCCCGCCAACCGCCGCCGCCCGCCCCCUCCCCGCCUGGAGCCCCGGCGGCGGCCGGCGUCGGCGGCGGCGGCGGCGGCGGCGGCGGCCAGCCUCUACGAGGUCCUGCGCGUCGAGCGGACCGCGUCGCCGACCGAGAUCAAGGGCGCCUACCGCACGCUCGCCAAGCUCUACCACCCGGACGCCCUGAGCCCGGUCGAGGCCGGAUCGGACGGCCGGGAUUUCCUGGAGAUCCACGACGCGUACGCGACGCUCUCCGACCCGUCGGCCAGGGCCCUCUACGACCUCUCCCUCGGGUCUCACCAGCAGGGGCGGCCCUCGAGCGGCGCCGCCUGGUGUUGCCCGACCCGGAGGUGGGAAACGGAUCAGUGCUGGUAGUUAGGUUCCAGAUUGCAACUCUUUUUUAGGUUUUUUUUUCCUCCGGAAGUCUUCUUGUCCACUUAGCCGGAGCUGAUGAUGAAAGCCGUGUAAAGCAGUACUUUGUAAAUUCCACGCCCCAACUAUUUUGGAUUUGAUAUUUUGAAAAAUCAAAUAUUCAGUUAAUGCAUUUUAUUUUGCGAAAAA